GGCCGCAUUUUGUCAACAUACAGCUCCUGUCUUCAAAAUGUGUCAACGUCCGUACAGUCACGCAGGAAAUACCGGAAGUUGGCCAGUUUAGCACAAACGCGCGGGCUCUCUCUCUCUCUGUGUCUCUCUGUCUCUCUCUCUCGCUCUGGUUUUCUCAGUCAGGCAGGUUAAUCUUUUAUUUUGAAAUGUUUACGGACACUGCUGUUGUGUCGCUUCCUGGUUGAUGUGGACAGGAGGAAGAGCUGCUGGGUGAGGUCUGUUGUUGUAGCUGAGGAAAUAAUGGAGAAAGUCCGUAAAGUUGGAAACGAAAAGCCGCGGGAUUCAUGGAGUUAGUGAGCUUUAAUAUUCUCUUUUAUUCCGGAUACACGUAGCUUUACUGCGGAGCUUCUUUUCAUAGGCUACCUCCAUGCUCCGGCGCUUUUCCCAUUAGCUGCCUAUAGAUUGCUAGCUGCUAACGCUACAUGCCAGAGCACCUGUCUCCAGCCUCUUUGUCUCACUCACGUCGGUGGCCUCAGGUCUUCUUGUCUGUCAGGUCUUUGAAGCUGGUGUUGUAAACGUCCGCUGUUUUCCUGCUCAGUAGACUCCUAUCCCUGUUGUCCUACCUGCGCUGCCGGAGCUGGACAAAGAAGAUGGACCGAUAAGUGUCCCCGUCCAGAAAUGUUCGAUACGAACUGUGUAUGCGUCCCGCUGGAUAUUAAUAAAACCAGAUACUCGCGACAGUAAGACAUGGCGUCCUCCAAAGCAAAGUUGGGAGUAAACAGUGAGACCAACUCCCUGAAAGAAAGUAACAGCAGCGGCGGCGGUCCAGCUGGAGAAGCGUCUCCAAACCACCGGAUAUACUGCCUGGAUGACCUGGAGACCGUCGCCACAGUCGGCACAGGGACCUUUGGCCGAGUCUUCCUGGUCAAGGACAAGAAGAGCAGGGCCUUCUAUGCCCUGAAGCAGAUGAAGAUCUCCGACGUGAUCCGGCUGAAGCAGGAGCAGCACGUCCACAAUGAGAAGGAGGUGCUGACAGAGGUCAACCACCCCUUCCUUAUCCGACUGUUCUGGACUCACCAUGAUGAGCGCUUCCUCUACAUGCUGAUGGACUACGUGCCGGGCGGUGAACUGUUCAGUUACCUCCGCAGCCGUGGGCGUUUCAGCAACGCCACGGGGCUCUUCUAUACUUCUGAGAUCGUAUGUGCCAUCGAGUACCUCCACUCCAAAGAAAUCGUCUACCGCGACCUGAAGCCCGAGAACAUCCUGUUGGACUGUGAAGGACACAUCCGCCUGACCGACUUUGGCUUCGCGAAGAAGCUUUCUGACAGGACCUGGACUUUGUGUGGCACUCCUGAGUACCUGGCCCCUGAAGUAAUCCAAAGCAAAGGUCACGGCCGAGCGGUGGACUGGUGGGCUCUGGGCAUCCUCAUCUUUGAAAUGCUGGCUGGGUACCCACCGUUCUUUGAUGACAACCCGUUUGGAAUCUACCAGAAGAUCCUGGCUGGAAAACUGGAAUUCCCACGCCAUCUGGAUUUCUAUGUCAAAGACCUCAUCAAGAAAUUUCUGGUCAUUGACCGAGCCAGACGGUUAGGCAACAUGAAGAAUGGAGCUGAUGAUGUGAAGAAGCACCGCUGGUUCAAGACAAUUGACUGGGAGGCCGUUCCUUUGAGGAAACUAAAGGUAUUUCUGCCUCUGGAGCUGUAGAGUCUGAUCUGUGAUGACAAGUCUCCUGCUGCUCCUACAACUCCACUCAACACCUGCUGCUAGAAUUAGAAAUGACUUAUACUGCUAUUAGUUGUAUUGCUGUGUUAGCAGUUAAUACUUUAAUUAUCACUACUAUCAUUACUACUGCUGUAUUACUGGCCUCAUCUUACAUCUGAUAUGGAACCUGUGUUAUGCUAUGUUCUUCUUUCGCUAUUCUCUACCCCCCUCCCCCCUCCUCUCUCCUUCUUAACCCAACCGGUUGAGGCAGAUGGCCGCCCACCCUGAGUCUGGUUCUGCUCGAGGUUUCUGCCUCUUAAAAGGAAGUUUUUCCUUGCCACUGUCUCCUAGUGCUGCUCUUGGUGGGAUUUGUUGGGUCUCUCUCUGUAAAUACCUAUUUUAAAGAGUAUGGUCUAGACCUGCUCUAUAUGAAAAGUGCCUUGAGAUGACUCUUGUUGUGAUAUGGCGCUAUAUAAAUAAAAUUGAAUUGAAUUGAAUUGAAUAAGAUAAUGUCGAAAUUACAAAAUAAGACAGAAUUAUGAUGUAAUUAAUUGAAAUUAUGACAUAAAUUGAAAUUAUGAGAUUUAUCUCUUUUGUUUUGUCUCAUAAUUUCUCACCUGGAGGUAUCACAACUAGUCUGGAGCCAAUGAGGGCCCAGUAUAAAACUGUUGAAAGCCUCCAGGUCGUAGACACUGCGAGGGGACUUUUUAGUGAAGUAGGAGAUGACUUUAGAUACAAAAAAUAUUUGUUGAUUUCCCAAGAAGCAGAGGGAGCCAAUGUCAUUUUAAGAGUUUUAAACAUUUUUUGUGGAAAAAAAAUAUAUAUAUAUCAGACAUCAAUAAUUACACAAAGUCUUUAAAACUGUGGGUAAGGGAUUUUCACAGUGACCUAAUUUUGAACAUCCUUUGUACUACACUAAAGAACUGGUAGUGGCAGACUGGAAGUUUGCAAAGUUUGCUUAGCUCUCAUCAUUUCUUAGUAUCAGUGUCUCUGACUCCAUGUAAACAUAGCAUGUGCUCUAAUAUGGCCACAUUAAUGCUGAAAGGCUCAGAGGAGCCAACUGGAGGCUCUGAAGUUAGUUUUUCUGCAGUUGGACAAAGUUUACACACUGCACAAAUUGUCAAAUGCAGCAUCAGCAGUGCUAGUUUUCUGAAUGGUGACCGCCAAAUGAGGUGAGUUAUCAGUUAUCAGUGCUGGUAAAGUGGCGUGAUUUAUAAUGUGUGCAGUGGACUGGGUACAUAACAUUCACUGUGUCACUCCGCAACUCAUAUUUAACCUGAAGUUUCAGACCUGCACUUAAGCUUGCACUGUAUGUUCCACUGUCUCCACAGCCUCCUAUCGUUCCGAAAGUUUCCCAUGAGGGCGACACCUCCAACUUUGAUGUUUACCCAGAGGAGGACUGGAAGAAAGACCCCCCUGUUCCUCAGAAGGACUUAGAGAUCUUCAAGAACUUCUGAUCAGUCAGCCUGGUUUAUUUAUUGAUGGAAUAUCCUGAGAAUUGAACCAACAUAAUGUAAAGUUAAUGUUACAGGUACUAUCAUGGAGAAAACACUUAUUUAUCAAAGCAGGGAGUCACGUUUAUCUGUAAUAAUGACCUCCCUACAGUCUAACUCCAAAUGAUUGAUGCUGUGACAUGUAUCAUACCACAGAGAAGAUUUGAUUUUUGUGUUUAUUUAUCUGACUAAAGUCAAUUUUUUGCUGUUAUAGUUUUUUUUAAUUACUUUUUUUCCUCUGAGCCUGCACAUAUGCAAAAAAAAAAAAAAAAAAGCGGUUCCUUUGAAACCAAAAGACUGUUACUUUCUAGAUUCAAAAAAGAGAACAAUCAGGUCUUUUUUUAUAUUGUCAUGUUUUAUAUUUUCUGUCUUUUUCAAAUGUUCAUGUAGUUAUAUUUAAUGUGACUCCAGACUGGUGCUGUGACUGUCAGCUGACCAGUGGUCACUAAUGUGCAGUUUUAGACUUAUUAUACUGUAUGUAGUCAUGAGUCAGACACUUUAUUUGAAAAUGUGUGACCAGUAGCACUUGUAAAAAAGUGCCUUACAUCACAGUUAUAUGGGCAUGAUGUCUCACAAUUAUAUAAAGUUCACUUGAAACUGUGCUUUUGUCAACCGUCAGCACACCACCAAGUGCUAAUGGAAGUUGAAUCAUGGGACUGUCAGUACAGCUGCUGAAUGUGCUGUCUCGUCUCCUACUGUAAAGUUCUCUUCCUCCAGCUCUGUUAUUUCCUGCUGCAGCCCUACAGCAGCUUUAUUCAUAGCCAGGACUUUGUUAUUAGCGUACAGUCACAGCUGCUCCACAGAUAAACUACAGGCUUUCCCAUAGCACUUUGAGCUCAUUCACUUUACUCAUCAUCAUCAUCACCACCAUCAUCAUCAUUGUUGUCAUGCUUUUAAAGCCAAGACAUGUGAGGUGAAAGGUGCUGGGAUGUGAGGUCCUCAAUAUCUAACGUCUCACUCUGUAGAGCUACAGUGGACCGAGUCAGUAUUCAUCAGUUUCAGUUUGUCAUGUAGUCGAGGCUGAAAUCUGUCAAAAUGUUUAAACUUCAGGACAAUAUUGGCCUUUAACAUAAACGUAAUCUUAAUGUCUCUGUUUUGUUAGCUGCCAUUCAAAUCAUUGGUGGGGUGACGACAUGUCUACACUGGCUGCAUAGUGACAGCAGCAGCUUGUGCAUCAGUGUCUACACUGGGGGCACUCAGGCACAGUAGUGCUCUGUGAACAGCCCUCAUGCCCAACACUCAGUCACUGUAGUUAUGUGCAUUUGACCGAAGAAAAUACUUGAAGCAAAACAGGUGCUUAGGGGUUAUGGAUGAAGGUGCUAUAUGCAAGUUUUGCUAUCACUACAUAGCCAAUGUUAGCAUUAACAGUUGUUUACCUACCAGUCUAGUUUAGCAUCACUCUUCAUUCCUUUACUGACCGACAGCUGUCUCCAGAGGUGGAAAGCAAUGCCAGUGUUUUGCUUCUAGUUCUAUCACAUCUUCUUUUCUACUGAAGUUAGCAUGCUAACCCGCUAGCUCCAGCCCAGCUGGCCCAUCUUGUCACUUUCCAAUAGUCAUCUCACUGUAGUGUCCAGACUGCCCUGAAGACGUAGCUGCUCAGAGGGCGUAAUCUAACCUCUCGUUUUGUAAACACAAAGAUGGCUGAAGCUCUUGGCAGUGACCAUCACCACCACCCACUCCUGACAGCAGGAGAAGACUUACAAAUUAAUGUUGGUCUGAACAGAGCAUUCGUCUUCUGAGUGAAGAGUGUAGGACUUUGAUAUCUGCUGGCCUCUCAUUGACUUCACCACAACACAAGCUCACAGCAACAGUUGUGUUCAGUGGAUCAGUUAUUUUUAUGUGUUGUCUGCCUUGUUUGAAUUCAGAGGAGUAAACACUUGAGACACUGAAGUGUUUUUGUGCGUUUUGGUUGGACAUCUAAUGUCCUUAUCACUCUGCAUUUUUCCUCAUCCACUCAUUUUCAUCCACAGUCAACAUCCACAGUCACUAAAUUUUGCUAGUUUUGUUUGCUUUCACUUUGUCAUAGAGCAUUCCUCUGUACCAAAGGACUGAAUGCUCCUGAACACAGCCUCAGUACUGGAUUGUUGACAGCAGUGGCAUCAUUUGCCAUAUUGACUGAUAUUACUAUUCAUUUUUCCUGUUUGUCUGUUUAAAAAAACAUAUGUACAUGUGAUGUUUUAAUAAGGAUCCUUGAAAUUGAUGAUUAAAGGGCUGUGACAAAGAUUUGAACUAAGCAUGACAUUUUAUCACUGAAAAAUAAACUCCAAAACAACACUGAAGACAACUCAAACUUUUUUUUCCCUUUUUUAAUUGGUAAAUCAUUGGCUGUAUUCACAGAUCAUUUUUCUCCAAACCGGCCAAGAAUACUACUGGCUGAACUGGAAUACUACAGUUCAGCCAUCAAUGCCCUCAGACUGUGGUUUAUAAAGUUAAUCAGUCUUUUUUCUACCUGCAUGCCCCCACUCCUGCCUGUACCAAUAAACAUUUAGCUUCACAUUCUCUAACAGAAACCAUCAUUUGAGGACAUUUAUCAGACUUCACACAGUUCCCUCUGGAAAUACUAAAGGACGAAUAGACUUGAUGUCACAAUGCAGUAGUCGUACCCAGUUCUCCUUUGACAGGAACCUGAGCUUGAUGUGUCAGGGCCAUACAGGAGAACUCCUGGUGGUAAGAUGAUAUACUGUGUGAACCCAGAUCCCAUAACCCCAUACUGAACUAAUAUAAAUGUCAAAUGAAGCCAUGUGUGGUGUAGACACACCUGUGCUCUGAAGACCAUAACUCUUUGCUGACAUUUCUGUUCAUUUAUCAGAUGUUAUAUAUCUGUGAUAAGCUAAUAUUAACCAAUAUCAACCUUGCUGAUAAAUCAAUUUGACUCUGCUUCUGAAAAAUGGUGAAAUUCAAAGUAUCUGCACAGGAUGUCAAAUUCUGGCAGCUUCAGUGAAUCUUUCACUUCAUCUCAGAGGUAUACAGAUACAUACAUUUUUGUAAUGUAAGAAGAAAAUGAUUCAUCUCUCCUCACAGUUCAUGUAAUAUAACUCUCCACAGUGUAUUUAAAGCUUUUUCUGCUGAGUAGAGGAACCUGGGCUGCUCUCAGUACAGUGCUCAUCCAUUUAGAGCAGUUAUUGCAUGUGUUGUCUGUAACCUCCAACCUAAACCCAUUAUGUCUCACCCAGCAAUGUUUUAUAAUCAUCAGCCUUCGCCUUUAAAAUGUUUAGUUGUUGCAGUCAGACAUUGUUUAUACCCAGUACAUAUUGAUGCCUUUUAUGAUACUGUACUCCCUUUAUACCUUUAACUAUGGAACUGUAAGCAAUGACACAUGUUUGUAUGACGACCUAAAAGUCUUUAAAAGUGUUAAAAUAGAAACAUGUUCUCUUUU